UUGUUUGUGACCCUAGAAACUGCACAAUUUGGCCGACUAUUGUACAUGGAGAAAUUAUGAAAACUGGUUCAACAUUAACCUACGCAACGGCUCGGGUAAUCUGUGAUCCAGGGUACCGCGUCUAUCAAAACUUAACAAACGGAGGUGUGAGAUGUAUGCCGCAUGGUGAAUGGGAGACCGUAUCAUGUGAAAAGAAUAAUGUGCUAGAAGAGACCAGCGUUUCAGGUAACGUCCGCCUCGCAGACGGAGAUGUUAAUUGGGGUCGAGUAGAAGUGUUUCACGACGGCGAAUGGGGGACCGUAUGUGAUAACGACAUGGAUAAUAAUUUUGUUGACGUUCUUUGCAGUCAGCUCGGAAUGAACAAUGGCAAGUUUUUGCGCAAUUUCGAGUUCAAAAAAGGUUCGGAAAAAGUAUGGCUGGACAGAGUCAAGUGCAGUGGUGCUGAAUUAUCUAUUGAGAAUUGUACCCUGUCGGUUUGGGGAAAUACCAAUCGCUAUUGUAAUCACGAACAAGACGUUGGUGUUGUAUGCAACCCUAAAGACUGUAUGUUCCUGGAGGAGAUAGAAAAUGGAAAACUAGUAACAGAAGGAUCAACAUCGUACGGUUCAUUUGCUAGAGUAAUUUGCAACCCGGGUUUCCGUGUCAUCGGGAAUUUAACAAACGGGGGCGUUAAAUGCUUGCCUCGUGGUGAAUGGGAGACAGUAAAUUGUAAAAACAAUAAUGUGACAAAUGUUAGCCGAUAUAAAGGUAAAAUUUAUUGUAUAACCCUAAUAUUUCAAUGA